AGCAAAGAGAGGUGGUUCUAGAGAGUAAUGGAGGAUUUGCAGAGUGUUCUUGUGGAUCGCAACUUAACAGUUUCCAGUGUCCCAGAAAAGGGUCGUUCCCUCUUUGUAACAAAGGAUUUUUACCCUGGGGAGGUAAUCAUAAGUCAAGAGCCUUAUGUUUGUGUUCCAAACAACAACUCAGUUCAGAAAAGGUGCGAAGGAUGUUUUACAACAACUAACCUUAAGAAAUGCUCACGGUGCCAAGUUGUGUGGUACUGUGGAACCUCUUGUCAGAAGUUAGAGUGGAAGUUUCAUCGUCUUGAAUGCGAGGUCCUCUCUAGGCUAGACAAUGACAAGAAAAAAUUUGUCACACCAUCCAUUCGAUUGAUGGUUAAACUUUAUCUUCGAAGGAAACUGCAAAAUGAGAAGAUCAUACCAAGCACUGUUAUGGACAACUACAACUUGGUGGAGGCUUUAGUGUCUCGUAUCCUUUUAAUAUUUAUCUUGUCUUCUAACUUUCAAUGUAAUGAAGUUAGAUUUUUUUUAUAUAUACUUUUUUUUUUCAUUUAUAACAUUUCCAUAGUCAUUGUUCUCUUUAACAUUCUCUUCCAUGAAGACAUGUCUGACAUCACCAAGGAGCAACUGCUGCUGUAUGCACAGAUGGCUAAUCUAGUAAACGUGAUACUACAGUGGCCUGAAAUCAAUAUAAAAGAGAUUGCAGAAAAUUUUUCUAAGUUUGCAUGCAAUGCACAUACCAUUUGUGACAGCGAGUUGAGACCAUUGGGAACAGGAUUGUAUCCCGUUAUUUCCAUUAUCAAUCACAGCUGCUUGCCCAAUUCUGUGUUGGUUUUUGAGGGAAGGUCAGCGUCAGUUCGAGCUGUGCAACAUGUUCCCAAAGGUAGUGAGGUACUAAUAAGUUACAUAGAGACUGCUGGAAGCACUAUGACUCGACAGAAAGCUCUCAAAGAGCAGUACCUAUUCAAUUGUACAUGUCCUCGCUGUUCUAAACUGGGCCAGUAUGAUGAUAUCCGAGAAAGUGCAAUUCUAGAAGGAUACAGAUGUAAAAAUGAAAAAUGUGAUGGUUUCUUGCUUCGUACUACUGAUGGAAAAGGAUUCCAAUGCCAACAAUGUGGUCUGGUUAGGGAAAAGGAAGAGAUAAAGAAAACUGCAACCGAGAUAAAUUCACUAUCAGAGGAAGAAGCUUCUAAGCUUUCAUCUGCCGGCUAUUAUCAAGAAGCUAUUUCCAUAUAUAAAAUGAUUGAGAAACUGCAAACAAAACUCUAUCAUCCUUUCUCCAUCAGCUUGAUGCGAACUCGAGAGAAGAUUUUGAAGUCAUUGAUGGAGCUGGAACAUUGGAGUGAGGCUUUAGCAUACUGCAAAUUGACCAUACCAGUCUAUCAAAGUGCAUAUCCAGCUAUUCACCCUCUACUCGGUUUGCAGUACUAUACAUGUGGAAAACUUGAAUGGUAUCUGGGAGAAACAGAGGAAGCCGUGAAAUCACUGACCAAGGCAGUGGAUAUACUAAGGAUUACUCAUGGGACAAACACACAUUUUGUGAAGGAACUUUUGAUGAAGUUGGAAGAAGCCCGCGCUGAAGCAUCUUACAAAUCUUCCUCUAAAGAGUAGGAUAGUAGGAUUCAACUGUGAUUCCCCAAUACUUCAUGUUAUUAGGUUUUAAUAGCAAAGUGUUAAGUGUAAUUUGCAUUUUUAAAGCAAUAAUUAAUGAACCUAUUCUUGCUGCUCCA